GCUAGUGAAACUCAUGUUUUGUACAAACAUAACCUUAUUUUUAGGUUAGGUUAUUUAUAAAUCAUUAUAAUAUUUAUGCCUAAAGUUGAAAAUAAUUAUUGACAAUUUGUGUUAGGUUUUGAAUUUAACAAUCACCUGUACACGACUAUAUCUCUGAUAAGUUGGUGAAAUUACGGCGAGGAUUUGAAUUUAAAAUUUGAAGAUGGCUGGUUUCAGCUCUAGUGGCGAUGACGUCAUUGAGAGAAUAAUUGAUGUUCGACCUGAGCCUUCCAUUUCAUCAGAAAACGAAUUGAUUGAAAAGUUUGAUCUAAAGAGAUGUGUUGAGUGGAUCAAAGAGAAAAAUCUAACCACAGUUUGUCUUCAAUUUCCAGAUUCUCUACUGCACAAUUCAGUGCAAAUUGCUCUAUGGCUUGAAAAGCAAACUAGUCAUAAAGUGUACAUCCUUGGAGAUACUUCUUAUGGGAGUUGCUGUGUAGACGAAGUAGCGUCAGAACAUGUGAAUGCCGAUGGCAUAAUACAUUUCGGGCAUGCCUGCUUGAGUCCAACCUCUCGACUGCCCGUACUCUACAUUUUUCCAAAAGCCCAUCUCGAUGUGGAAGAUUGUGCUGACGCUUUAAAAACGCAUCUGAACAGACGGAUAGAUCAACAAACAUUGAUAUUGUUCGACAUCCAGUAUCAUCAUUGCAAAGAAUCAAUCAAGAACCACUUGUCAGAUUUCGAAAAUCUUAUCUUCGCCGAACUAUUGGAUGGAUCGGACAGUAACACAGCCUGUUCCAGUGAUUGCCAGAUGUCCACAAGCAAAGAGCACACUGCAAAAAAACUUGGGCGAACUUAUUGUCUUGAUGGAGAAGAGCUUGAUCAAAUCAUAUUUAUCGGUCCUUAUGAAGCUCAAACACUUUACAAUCAUUCCAUACUGUUCUCAGGCACAACCUAUUACUACACAGAUGGGACUGUGAAAGACGUGUCGUUCAACCGCAGCGUUCAGCGUCGCUACUACCUGAUGGAGCGACUGAAGGAUGCCAAGUCGGUCGGCAUCCUGGUGGCCACCCUGGGUGUGGACGGCUACCUGAAAGCUGUCGACAGGAUACGAGCGCUGGCUAGACGAAGACAGAAGAAGUGCUACGUCAUCUCUGUCGGCAAACCGAAUGCGGCCAAACUUGCUAACUUUCCUGAGAUUGACGUUUAUGUGAUGAUAUCCUGCCCAGAAGCUGUCUUGGAAAGCGAAAAAGACUUCCUCCAACCUGUGCUGUCAUUAGCUGAAGCCGAGUUGGCCCUAAACGAAACAAGGCCUUUCACAAACAGACUCAGCAAGGAUUUCCGAGACUUUAUCCCAGGUGGAGAAUGUUUUGAACCACUUCCGUCCGGCACUUUGGAAAAUGAAGAGCCCGAUGUCUCCUUACUGAGCAACAAGAUCAGAUGUGUGACCACAGAUUGUAGCAGUGAGGAAACAUGUAGCGAUCAGUCAGUGCAGACUAGAGCCAACAUGUCUGUCAACGUUGUGUCUUCUCAUCUAUCGAAUAGAACGUGGCAAGGCCUUGACCCAGCCAUUGGUCAAACCGAGGUUGUGAAAGCAGUCUUGGGUCGUAGUGGUAUUGCCAGCGGUUACAGCAACGAACAAGAUAAACCCCACAUCUCUGCAGAUGAUGACAAUCCAUCGUGAGACCACGUUAUCCGUUUCAGUUGAACUGCAAACAUUUCCACCUUCUUUUAAACAGCUAAAUAAUGUAAUUUAUGUAAAUAAAAUGUAAAAGUGUGUUAUGGG